UACCAUAUUGAACCGAUGUUUUGGUCCACACCGCUGUUGUUUUUACGCAGUCUAGUUUUUUACAGUUUAAUUUGGGUCUGGUUUUCCUAAAGGAGAGCAACUCGCAAAAGAAGAGAGCGAAUUUAUACUCGCAUGGUAACAAUGAAGCUAACGGACAUCAAAAAGUUAAAAGUCCCCGAGCUGCGGUCCAGACUUAAAGAACUUGGGCUGGACUGCAGGGGACUGAAGGCUGAGCUGGUAGACAGGCUGUGGUCUGCGUUAGAGGCAGGACAAAGUGAAAAACUCGGUGAGGAAGAGCUAAAACUGCUAGAUGACAGCUCACUGACACUUUGUGCACAGACGGAGACAGUCCGCUAUCCGUCCUCAUCACCGCCGACAGAAGACGCUGGUGUUACUUCGCGGUGUCAACUAGACAGAGAGCACACAGACUCUGCAACACAGACAGAUGCUGAUACUGCUCUGCCAACACCACAACACGGCUCUGAGUUUAUUUCAGAGGGUGUAACAGUGCAGCAAGCGGAGGAGGGAGAGGCCGAGGCCCCCGGAGAGGACAGGAGAGCUCGGCCAUCAGAGGAGACCGACAGAGGAAGAGCUUUCUACGAGUUCAAAGAGGAGAUACGAUACAAAAGAGCCAAAUCACCACAACCUCCAGUGGACAGAGAGGUGACAGAGGAAGAUGAAGAUAAAGUCAGACUAGAUCCAUAUGACCGUCACCUCCACUUUGAGGUGGGUCCUGAUUGUGCAUGUGGCCAGCCGCGGUUCUGGGCUCGAUUCCCCUUGCUGUGGUCAGGAUGCAGGCUCACCCAUGGGGUGCUGCAGGGCAGGGUGGGCUUUGAGGUGAGGCUGGAGAGGAAGUUGUUGACUACACAGCUGGAGGAACAAGAAGUCCCUUACGGCCUGAGAGUAGGCUGGUCAAUGGCCAACGCAUCUCUACUGCUGGGUGAAGAUGAAUUUUCUUUUGCAUAUGAUGGGCGUGGUAAAAAAAUGUCAGGUGGGAAGGAGGAAGAGUUUGGAGAACCCUUCUCAGAGGGGGAUAUCAUUGGCUGUUAUGCUUCUUUCUCCACAGACGGUGCUGUUGUUUCUUUCCACAAGAAUGGUCGUUUUAUGGGGGUGGCUUUUUCCCUGGGUGCCUCUGUGCUGCUGGGUCGUGCUCUGCUCCCUCACGUCCUCUGUAAGAGCUGUUCAGUCAGAUUCCACCUGGACUCCACAGCUCCUCCCUGGUACCCUGGCCCUCCAGGGUUUACACCGCUGGCAGCUCUUUCUGCCAGGCAGAGGGUGCGCACCACAUUGGCUCUUCCUACCUGCAGGGCGCAGUGUGAGGUGAUGCUGAUGGUUGGUCUUCCUGGUUCUGGGAAGAGCCACUGGGCCCGGACUCACAUGAAGCAGCAUCCGGAGAAACAGUACAGGCUGUUGGGCACAGAGGAGCUGCUCGCCUGUAUGAUUAGUGGUGGACAAAGGGACAGCAGGCUGCAGCAGGCCUCUCAGUGUCUAACUGAUUUGAUCAAGAUGGCUGCUCAGACUCCUGGCAACUAUAUCCUGGACCAGUGCAACAUCCUCUUCUCUGCACGGCGUUACAAGCUGCAGCUGUUUACAGGCUUUGGGCGCCGAGUGGUGGUGGUAGUCUUUCCCUCAGCAGAUGUGUGGAAAAGACGAUUGUCCCAACACCAGACGAGUGAUGGGGAGCAGAUCCCUGAGACUGCCCUGCUCAAACUCCAAGUGAGCUGCAGUCUUCCAGAGCAGCAGAGUGACCUGCUGGAGGAGCUGCAGUAUGUUGAGCUGCCUCGGGAGCAGGCACAGACGCUCCUGCAGGAGUAUAAAGACGAGGCUCGCAGACUGCUGCCCCCCAUCCCCAAACAGGAGAAGAAGAAACCCAGACUUUACAAGAAAAGACCCCACCCUCACUGCCCUCCACCCUCACAUCGGGGUCAGUGGACUGGACUUAACGGGUGGAAUGACACGAGACUCAACAUCCAGUCUUUGAGGCACCAGCCAAGAUAUUGGAAUCUGGCCAAUCACGACCAGGGUUACUACUAUAGAGGCUUUGGUUACAGUGGUUAUGGUGGCUACUGAUGAAGAAUCCUGCAGCAAGAAGAAACCGUUGCCGCUGCUCUGUGUUUACAAGGAUAAUAAUUCUUCUGAUGUCUUGUAAAAAAAAAAAAAAGGGCUAA